CUCGUAUCUCAGUGAUACAUAUGGUCCUGAGUUCAUUCAAGGAAUAUGUGCCCAGCACGUCCAUGACGGUGGUAGGGGGCUGUGGGGUUUGUGCGUGCCUGCUGACGAUUCACGCCCCCGUUGGAGAGGGCUCCGAUCAUGAAGCCUCGGAGGAGAUCAGUGCAAGCCCUGAUGAGCUCUAGAAUAAGGAACUCGAGAAGGGGCUGAUUCACUCGACUAAGUACAACUUCGUACCCUUUUCCCUUGUAUCUCUCGAGCAAGGGGGAAGGGUAGCUACUUACCAUUGUUCUGUACACCUCUCUAGCUAUGCAUCUAACGAAGCCUUUCAUUUUUGCGAC